AGUCGUGUGUGCGGUUUGUCGGGUGCUGCCGCAGUAAAUGAGGGCUUCGGCUCUGUAGCCAAGAUCCGCCGUGCGCUCUCAAACAGCGAUUAAAUACUUGAUCUCAUCCUUUAUUGUUUGGUUAAUGAAUUUAAACUGCAUCUGCUGUGGGAUUUGAGUCUUGAGGAGGUUCUCUUGUCUGCUUACUGACAAGAGCACCAGCGCGGCCCUGCACAAAACAAAGUGUUAUAACCCCGAUUCCUACUAAAGUCAUCGCCCGGCAGGAAAACGGAGGUCGUGGGGCUGGAGUGUGUUCUCAUGGCCGAGUCAGAGACUGAAUGUGACACACCCGGCCUUGACACACUUGGGUCGGAGUGUGUCAUAGCCCACAGCCAUGUCGACCUUCACUAUGGAGCAGAAACGGAGAUCAUGACAGAAGAAAAGCAUGGAUUGGAGCUGGAAAUCCAUGGCUCAGACUUAAAGAUCCAGGGACUGGGGACAGAGCUCGGAGCUGUAGCCUGUGUGGACACAAUUGUAGGGACAGACCAUGAUUACAUUAAAGUGGAACAUGAUGAUAUACACUGUUUCACAGGAGCCGAAAUCAAGACAACAGGAAACGAGGCGUUGCUGGGAGAGGUGCUGAUCAAGACAGAAAGUGAGCAUGUGGUGAAAGUGGAGUCUGACCAUGGUGGAGAGUUGACGGUGGAGUCCGAGAAUGGUGUAAUCAUACAUGAAGCUCACGGCCUGCAGUGCAACGAGUGCGGGGAGAUUUUUGGCAGCAUUGCUGAUCUUCACCAACAUUUUGAGAUCCACAGGGACCUCAACCCUUAUAUAUGUGUCCACUGUGGUGAGAGCUUUGCUGUGGAGGCCAGCCUCAAGCAGCACAUGAAGAUUCACAUGAAAGAAAAGCCCUAUGUUCCCCCGGGUGUUGAGAUCAUGGGCAAUGAUGUUAUCGAUGCAUUCAGCCUUAAGUCUCAUCAGAUGAUUCAUUUGCCAGACAAGCCCCACAGAUGCUCAGAGUGCGGUAAGAGCUUUGCAGCUGCCAUCACCUUGAGAGAACACAUGAAGAUGCAUUCGGAGGACAAGCCCUACAAGUGCACCCAGUGUAGGAAGAGCUUUGUCCGCAGAAGACAUCUGAAAAAGCACCAGGAGGUCCAUGCGCGUGAGAAGCCAUACACUUGUGGCCAGUGUGGCAAAGGCUUUGCUACAACCUCGAACCUGAAGCAGCACCAGAAGACCCAUGCUGCAGUGGUGCUCGGAGACAAGCCCCACCGGUGUGCUCAGUGUGGAAAGUGUUUUGCAGCUGUUGCCACUCUGAGAGAGCACCAGAGGAUCCACUCGGGGGAGAAGCCGUACAAAUGCAACAUGUGCAGGAAGAGUUUUGUGCGCAAACGUCAUCUGAAGAAGCACCAGCAAGUCCAUGCCGGAGGGAAGCCCUACACCUGCAGACAUUGCAACAAGGGCUUCAAUCACUCCUCUUCUCUCUCGCGCCACCAUAAGACCCAUCUGCAGAAUCCGGUGUUUUCUCCACCACAGCCUGGGAAACCACUUACCUUCGGCACUCCUCCGAAGCAGAGGGUGCAUCAGCAGGGAGACAAGCCCUACAUGUGCCACCACUGUGACAAGGGCUUCAAUCAUUCCUCUUCUCUGUCGCGGCACCAAAGAGUCCACUCAGAGGGAAAGAGUUACAUGUGUGGUCACUGUGGCAAAAGAUUCAAUCACUCCUCGUCACUUGCAAGGCAUCAGAGAGUUCACUUGGAGAACAAGCAGCAACAGCAGCAGCCAGAACCGCCACAGCCAGAACCGCCGCAGCCAGAACCGCAGCAGUAUACCCCCAUCCCCAUGGGGAAGGGAUUCCCUAACAAUGCCUUCCCAAAACAGUGUAUCCUGUCUGUUGAAAAACCAUACAGGUGCUCUCAGUGUGGCAAAGGCUUUAACCAUUCUUCUUCCCUCUCCAGACAUCAUAGGAUCCACGUAGAUCAGUGAGCACCCCUUCCUGACCUCACAAGUGGUCCCAUGCAAGCGCACACAUCUUUGUCUCCCCCCCGUUUCUGUUCUACCCACGGUCCCUUCAUCGAUACCACCACACGAAAUAUCAGGCCAGCUUCUAUAGAUGAGAGGUCAGGUUAGCACAUUAGUAUGUUGAAGUGGAGCAGCUGAGAAUAAAUGGACAGUGACACAAGUCUUCAAAAAGAAAUGGCUCAGCCUGGAGGACUUCACAACCUGUAAUUCAGAGCUGAACCCGGGGCUUUGUGCUCAGUUUAAAGAGGGUAUAAUAAUAGAUUGUGAAGGAGUCUCUAUUCUUGUUUGUGGUUGUGCUUCACAUGCUUCAGGACCUCUUUUGAACAUUUUUAAAGAAACACAAAAUGUGAUUUGAAGAUCUACACGAUAAAAUUGUUACCUGGGGAAAAUAUGCUUCACCCUGUGGUUAGUCUUUUUGAUAGAGCAGUUCAGUUAAUGUUCCUUCAGGUGGGCACGUGCUUUUCAGCUGCAACUUUAUCCAAGGCUACAAACACAAUUGGUGAACAAGUUCUGUUGUCUCGAUUUAAAUAGGUAUUUCUUUUUCACCCACAUUACCCAUGUGAAGCAAAUAUCGAAAAUCCAAUGUAAAUAGUUAUUGAUUUUCUUUUAUAUAUAUAUAUGUAUAGGUGACUAGUGUGCUGUUCCAAAAGAUUACAUUUUUGAUAGUAAGAUCCUCUUUGUCUCCACAUUUAUUUUUUUUUUCAUUUUAUCGCUUUCAUUUGUUUUAAGUGUUGGAGAUAAACAUGUUGCAGGUGUUCUCAUGCAGCUUGUUAUUGAAAUUGGGCUCGAUCAAACACGAGCCAUCUUGUAUAUUUAUGAGGUUGUUUUUUGUAUGUCUGCGAUGGGUUAGUACUGCUGCAUAGACUGUAUAGAGAGCAAUACUGGCUGACACCCUGAGUCUAUUAUGACAUGCGAUUUAGCCAUAAAGCAAUGCAUAAUAGAAAAUAAAAACCUACUGGGUAGCAUAUUGCAACAUGACCCGUGUCCUAAUUAUUUACUGUGCGGUUUCCUCUGUACCCAAGCACCAAAUGUACAUGAAAUACAACAUCACACUUUACUGCUUUGGAGACUAAUUUAAUUACCUGUGUAUAGAAUAUAGAUAACUCUUACUCGUUGACCUUCACAAUUUGAUUAAAAAAAAAAAAAAGUUGUGUAUACUAAAAGACUACACGAGAAAGUCUCGCUUUUACAAGAUUUUUCCGAAGUCCAAUGGAUUGCGAUCUAUUUACUGUUCUGUGUAAAAUAUCUUUUACAAACUGAUGUAUUUUUUUAGAUAUGGCUUGGGUUAUAUGAAAGGGAAUGAGAGAUACAGUUUUUAUGAGUGAACAUUUUGGUGAGCAAUAUUUUCUUUUUAUUUGGAUAACAAUUGUGCUUCAAACUGUAGCAUAGGUUUCUUCCUUGUGUUAUAGGUGCCUUAUUGCAUGCUAUGUAGAAAUGUAUGCCGAGCUGUUAUUUGAGAAAAAAAAAAGUUAGGGUUUUCAGGAGUCUUUUGUUCUUAUUCAUACUAACUUACCCUACAUUUUAAUUUGAUGUCACUGACACCUAUUGCUUUUUUGCUUUCAUGUAUAUUACCAUGUGUUUACACUGUUACGACCAUAUUGUCUUUUUCCCUUCAUUUUUGUCAAUGGCCUGUUUGUAGAGAGAAAAAUUGUUAAAGAUCCAUAUAGACUUCUCUUAAGGGCAAAUCCUGUAACACCUCUUCCCAGUUUCUGAGUGGCACAUAUAUGGAUAAAUAAAGGUUGUUGACUCUC